GGUCAAGUGGGAGUGCCAUCUUGGCGAUGACAGUGCCAACCCACAUUCCGAUAGGGCCAGCCCACAUUCCGACAGUGCCAACCCACAUUCCGACAGUGCCAGCCCACAUUCCGACAGUGCCAGCCCACAUUCCGACAGUGCCAGCCCACAUUCCGAUAGGGCCAGCCCACAUUCCGACAGUGCCAACCCACAUUCCGACAGUGCCAGCCCACAUUCCGACAGUGCCAGUCCACAUUCCGACAGUGCCAGCCCACAUUCCGACAGUGCCAGCCCACAUUCCGACAGUGCCAGCCCACAUUCCGAUAGGGCCAGCCCACAUUCCGACAGUGCCAACCCACAUUCCGAUAGGGCCAGCCCACAUUCCGACAGUGCCAGCCCACAUUCCGACAGUGCCAGCCCACAUUCCGACAGUGCCAGCCCACAUUCCGACAGUGCCAGCCCACAUUCCGACAGUGCCAGCCCACAUUCCGAUAGGGCCAGCCCACAUUCCGACAGUGCCAACCCACAUUCCGACAGUGCCAGCCCACAUUCCGACAGUGCCAGUCCACAUUCCGACAGUGCCAGUCCACAUUCCGACAGUGCCAGCCCACAUUCCGACAGUGCCAGCCCACAUUCCGACAGUGCCAGUCCACAUUCCGACAGUGCCAUCCCACAUUCCGACAGUUCCAGCCCACAUUCCGACAGUGCCAGCCCACAUUCCGACAGUGCCAGCCCACAUUCCGACAGUGCCAGCCCACAUUCCGACAGUGCCAACCCACAUACCGAUGACAGUGCCAAACCGUGCUAUGACAGCGCCUCAUCCAUGAACACAGGAUCACAGUGA